CUACUAUAUUUAUAUCCCACCUCAUAGGCUGAAAUCCAAACUUUUUUUUUUCUUUUAGAGACAAAAGGAGAGAAAUGGGUGACAGUGUAGGAGAUGAGGUUUUCGUUAGGGAAUUUGAUGAUGACAGAGAUAUUGAAAUGGUGGGGAAGCUUGAGAGAAACUGUGAAAGAGGGUCUAAUAAUAAGGGGACCUCCAUAUUUACAAACAUGAUGGGUGACCCUUUGUGUAGAAUUAGGUUCUAUCCACUCCAUCUCAUGCUGGUAGCUGUGCUGCGCGAAAAUGGGGAGCUUGUCGGAGUAAUUCGGGGCUGCAUCAAGCAUGUGGGGACCAAAUUUGGGGGAAAAAAUAUCAAGUUGGGUUGCAUUUUAGGCCUUCGAGUGUCUCCAAAACAUCGGCGAAUGGGGAUUGGAUUAAAGCUUGUGAGAGCAAUGGAAGAAUGGUUGAUAAACAAUGAAGCACACUACACAUUCUUAGCAACAGAAAAGAACAAUGUUGCCUCUACAAAUCUCUUCACUUCGAAAUGUAAUUAUAGACACUUAAGCUCAUUAGUCAUAUUUGUUCAACCAAUCAAUUUUGGAAUGGAUCAUGGGGGUGCAUCACAAGAUAUUAAAGUAGAGAAGUUGAAUAUAGAUCAAGCCAUUUGUUUCUAUGAUCACAAGCUUCGAGGCAAAGACAUAGAUUUGGCUGACAUUGAUGCAAUCCUCAAGGAAAAGCAAAGCCUUGGCACAUGGGUAUCUUACUUCAAACAAGAUGAAUGGAUAGGUUUGCAUAGUAAAGAGAUGAAGAAUGAAGAUAUUAUUAGUACAAGUCCAAGCUCUUGGGCCAUGUUUAGUAUAUGGAACUCAUGUGAAGCUUACAAGAUUCAUAUAAAAAAGUACUCUCAUCCAUUGAAGUUUUUCCAUGAAACUUUGAGCCAUGCAAGAGACAAGAUCUUCCCUUGCCUUAAGAUCCCAAUAUGUGACUCACUUGAGAAGCCAUUUGGUUUCUUGUUUCUUUAUGGACUCCAUGGAGAAGGUGAGAGGGUGGAGGAGCUGAUGAAAUCUGCAUGGAAUUUUGCAUCCAGGUUGGCUGAGAAUGUGAAGGACUGCAAGGUGAUUAUAGCUGAGUUAGGUGUCUCUGAUCCUCUAAUGGAACAUGUUCCACAUUACUCAUCUAUGUCCAGAAUCGAAGAUCAAUGGUACUUGAAGAAAGUGAAUGGAUCCAUUAACGAUGAAGAUGAGCUAGGCAUGGUGGGAGAACUGGGAAAUGUGGUGGUUGAUCCUAGAGACUUUUAG